GUCGACCAUCCAGCCGUCACAGUGACGUAACCAUAAGGGGUCCAUCUCACGAUAGUACGGUAAGGAUAAGAAUAUGCUGUGUUGCAGCGCCAAUGCUCUAGGCUAUAGAUUUUAUGUCGAACAGUAGAGCCGUCUGACAUGUCUACGUGUCUUCUUGCGUGAGUAUGACGUCUAUGAGGCGAGUGGUGACCGCAUCUCCCCAGCACUCGCGCCCUCUUAGCAAUAUCAUCUACUCGCCCUCACGUAUAAACGUUAGUUACGGCAUACGGAGUCUCAGAGUAACUACAUCGCUAAAGGCCAGAGUACAGCGCAUAGUUUAGGGUCAAAGAGUUCGCUACAACCGUUUUCUACUUCUUCAGUACGCAACAUGGCUAAACCAGAAGUCAACGACCUCGAGCAGUUUGUGCGUACGUCGGGAAUCAAAAACCCUGUCUGGAUACACGGGGACCCUUUCUCUAAGAGACACCGAUUCAACCCUCUGUCCAAGGAUAUUGAGACAGAUGUAUGCAUAAUUGGCGCCGGCAUAACCGGCAUCUCCAUCGCGUACGAACUCAUUACUCGGGGCAGAGAAGUUGUCCUCGUAGAAGCCCGAGAUGUUCUUUCUGGGGAAACCGGCCGGACAAGCGGGCACUUAUCUAAUGCGUUAGACGACAUGUACCCGGAGAUUGCCAAAAAGCACGGCGAAGAUGGGGCGAAAGCCGCAGCAGAAAGCCACACUUGGGCAUUAAACCGAGUCGGUGAAAUCGCCAAGGAGUUAGGUAUUGAUUGUGAAUACCGUCACUUGCCCGGGUACCGCGUAUCAAAAUACCAGAAAGGCACUGAGGAGCACAACAAAGACAUAGAUACGAUCAAAGAAGACGUCGAAAUGGCGAAGAAACUUGGGAUUGACGCUACAUUCGACGAGAAUUUGACUGUCAAGGGCUGGAAUGGCAAACCCGAUCAACGAGGAGGCGCAAUUUUUGCCAAACAGGCUGCUUUCCAUCCGACUAAGUACCUCAACGGAGUAUUAAAGUGGCUUAAGGAACAGCCCAAGUUCCAAUGCUAUACUUCGACACGGGUUUUAUCCGUAAAGGAGAAAGGCAUUGAGGUGCUUGGUCUAGGAAACAAGUACGUCCAGGUAGAGACAGAGGCCGGUAACACGAUAAGCUGCGAGCAUGCCGUCGAGGCGACGGACGUGCCGCUGCAGAAGCUUAGCGUAAUCGCGCAGAUGAAGUGGGACAGAACAUAUUGCAUCGCGCUGCGCGUGCCUAAGGGCAGCGUCGAUGACAUCUUACUAUAUGAUACAGAUGAUCCAUACAAGUACAUCCGGCUAACCCCCUGCGACGAAAACGACGACUACAUGAUCGUCGGAGGUGAAGACCAUAAGGUUGGUCAAGAGGACUCCAGAGGGCACUUUGAGGCGCUAGAGCAAUGGGCGCGGGAACGCUUUCCACAAGCCAAGUCCGUCGAGUAUCUGUGGAGCGGACAGAUCUUCGAGCCUGUAGAUUACAUGGCUUAUAUCGGGAAGAACCAGGGCAGCAACCGUAUCUACGUGGUGACGGGCGACUCCGGCAACGGGCUGACACACGGCGUACUAGCCAGCAAGCUGAUCGCGGACGAAAUCGAGGACACGCCUAACACCUGGAGUAGUUUAUACUCGCCGAAGCGUGUCGGCAGCGUCGUUAAAUCAGCCCCAACCAUGAUCCAGAACGACCUACAAGCCAACGCGCAGUACAAACGACUCCUUCAAUCUGAUAUACAAGAUAUCGAAGACCUAAAGCCGGGGUGUGGCGGCGUUCUAAAUUCCACGGCGUCAAAGCCAAUCGCUGUGUAUAAGGACGAGAACGGCAAUAUAACCAAGAUGAGCGCGUUAUGUCCACACAUGGGGGGUGUAGUGUGUUGGAAUAGCGUUGAAAAGUCGUGGGAUUGCCCAGUGCAUGGUAGCCGCUUUGGUGAGAAAGGCUUGUCGAUCCAAGGUCCUGCCAAGAUAAAUCUUGGUAAAGCAUAAAGAAGCAAGCUACCUUGGGUACCUACCUAGGUACAUAGCUGAGCAGUGAAAUUAUCCUUUCUUCAAGUUUAUCAGGCGCUGAGGGAUUUUGGUGGGAACUACAAUAAUAAUAGAGCAUUAAUACUGACUGAAUAUUUUCUCUAUGUAAGAUACGCUUUUAUGUUUUCUCGCUGU